GUUGACACAGUACUAAGAUGAGACUGAAGCAAGGAUCGUUUCUGUGGUACCUCUAUCUGGACAAAAUAUACUGCUUAUUAUCCGUGAGAAAUGUGAAGGCUUUGGCAGAAUAUUUUCAUAUUCUGGAUGUGCACGGCAAGAACACCUUGAAUGAUGUGCUGUUCUAUCACUUCCUUCAUCAUGUGACUGACUUGAAAAAGGCACAGAUCAACAUUGUGUUUGACAUGCUGGACUGGAACGCUGUGGGCGAGAUCGGCUUUGAGAAGUUCUACAUGCUGGUGUGCAUGCUGCUGGCCCACCAGAACCAUUUGGAAGGACAGUUUAUGUAUCGUCAUUCCCGGCCUGUCUUUGACCUGCUUGACCUGAAAGGGGAUCUGAGAAUUGGUGCAAAAAACUUCGAAAUUUACAGAUUUCUCUUCAAUAUUCAAAAACAGGAACUCAAAGAUCUGUUCCAUGACUUUGACAUUACAGGUGACAAUCGUCUUAAUUAUCAGGAAUUUAAGCUGUAUACAAUCAUCUACAUUGACAAAUUACAGAAAAGGCAGAAAACAGAGGAGAAAGAAAAAGGAGAGAGAAAGAGAAGUCUCUACUCAAAAUGUCACAUCAAGCAGAUACAAGCUGAAAGAGUCUCUUGGAAAAAAAUGGAAUCUGAAAGUACAGAACGUGAACAUUGAUGAAGACUGUUAACAUGUCUAAAAAUAAAUUCAGAGCAUCAAAGUA